AUGUCACAGCCAAGGAAUAAUCUUGACACUCUGCAGCGUAGAGCAGCUAGCAAGACUGCCUCCGGCCCUGCUUCACAAGCCAUGUCGGCGACACCCUCUAGUACAAAUAAGUCUUCUAAAUUUAAGCCUGCUAAGGUUGCAUCAUCCGCCUCCGGUCCAGUCCGGAAAGCGCCUCCCACAUCGCUUCCGGCGUUCUCCACUCCGGGGUUUGGUCGUGCCAAACCCACCACUCCGGCGCUAGCUCCUCUGCGUACCGCUUCUAGUAACGACUGCAUCGAGAUAUUGUCAUCCAACGACUCUCCUCCCAUCAGUCCAAUGCGUAAUCGUUCUGUCAAACGUACUUCUUCGGACGCGAACCUUCCUCCACCCAUCUCGCCCAAGCGACAGAGGACUUUUUUUGUAAGUAAUAAGGAAAAGGUCCUCGUGAAUCAAAAGGGCAAAGGAAAGGAACGCCAGAUCACCGCACCUACUACCCCUUCGAGUACACUCGUAUCGCAGACCUCUGCUUGUGGCGCAACUGAGGGCACGAUGGCCGCUGUUCGCUGCAAUGAUCAUUCAGACCUCCAGGCGGCAAGUCUCGUCUCUACCCUUCGCACACUCAUUGCUGAUAUAGCAUGA